AGCAUGGGAGCACACAGGUUGUACGGUAAUGACCGAUGCAUGGACAGAUAGGAAAGGCAGAGGAGUAAUGAACCUAGUUGUUCACAGCGGACAUGGGGUCUUAUUCUUGGAUUCGGUUGAUUGCUCGGAUGUAAAAAAAGAUGGGAAAUACAUCUAUGAACUUGUAGACAGGUGUAUUGAAGAUAUUGGGCCAGAAAAGGUUGUUCAAGUGGUGACUGACAAUGCUAGUGUUAAUACAGCAGCUGCAAGUCUGAUGAAAGCAAAGAGACCAUCCAUUUUUUGGACUGGAUGUGCAGCCCAUUGUAUUGAUCUCAUGUUGGAAGAUAUUGGGAAGCUGCCUGUAGUUGAGAAAACAAUUGUCCUAGCAAGGCAAGUGACCGUGUUCUUGUAUGCUCAUACGAGGGUUUUGGCUUUGAUGAGGAAAACUCUUGGAAGAGACUUGGUCCGUGCUGGUGUUACUAGAUUUGCCACGGCUUAUCUCAAUCUAAAAAGUUUGCAAGACAACAAGAAGGAUGUUCUUAAACUAUUCAGAUCAGAGGAGCUAAAUGACAUGGGGUACUUAAAGAAGGACAAGGGUAAGAAAGCUCAAAAGGUUGUGCAAACUGAUUCCUUUUGGAAAGGUGUUGACAUUGCUGUGAAUUUCUUUGAGCCAAUGGCUAAUGUGCUAAGAAGGGUGGAUAGUGAUGUGCCUGCGAUGGGAGUCUUCCAUGGUUGUAUGCUAGAUGCGAGAAAGGAAAUUUGUUUGAGGUUUGACAAUGAUGAGAGUCGCUUCAAAGCUGUUAUGGAUAUCAUUGACAAGAGGUGGGAUAACAAACUGAAGACGCCACUACAUUUGGCUGGGUACUUUCUCAAUCCCUACUACUACUAUCCAAACAAGAAUGCGGUCGAGAAUGAUGGAUCAUUCAGAGCAGCGGUCAUCCAUUGCAUUACAAGGAUGAUUCAAGAUGAAAUGUUGCAAGAAGAGAUUAUUGAUGAACUCAACAUAUAUGAAGAAGAGGCCCACUCUUUUGGAACGGACAUUGCCACGCGGCAGAGAAGAAACAAAAUUUUUGAUCCAGCAAAAUGGUGGUUGAAUCAUGGCACAAGCGCACCCAAGCUGAAGAAUUUGGUAAGAAAGAUCCUCACAUUGACAUGCACCUCCUCAGCUUGUGAGAGAAACUGGUCAUCAUUCGAACGAGUUCAUGCAAAAAAACGUAAUAGACUACUCAGUGAUCGGUUGAGGGAUCUUGUCUUCGUCAAAUUCAACGCGAGGCUGCAGCAUAAGAGAGCAAAUAAGAACAGGGAUCCUAUAGAGAAGGUUAUCAAUGAUGUUCUGGAGGAUGAAGCCAAUGAGUUCAUUACUGGGAUCGUUCCUAAUGACAAUGCCAGUGAACAUUUAGGUAAUGAAGCUCAAGCUCAACAAGAGACUUCAACAUCACAAGCACAAGGAAGAAAAAGAAAGAGGUGUGCAGUAGCCAAGAAGAAGAGGAAGAAGAGCAUCCACUCUCUUCUUAACAGCAUUGAAGAAGAUCCCAUGCUAUGUUCUUCAUCUUCGGAAUCAGAUGAUCAAGCUCAAGAUGAGUCUAACUAUGCCUCUGGUGAUUCAGAUUGA